AGGUCCCCCUCAUUAAUAACAUCAGUCAUAAAUAGCUACAGUAUCUACUAUGAAGCUGCCAAGAAGGACAGUGUUCACUCUGGUUCUCCUCUCCAUCACCCUCUAUCAAUGUGCUCAGUCUCUUUCCAUCCGACAAAAUGCUCGUCUUCAACAGAAAACCGUGACAACAUGUUCUGGAGCUGGGUAUAAAGAUGGGUGUUGCAUUUCUGGGAACACCAACUGUUUUAUUGCCAAGGGUAGCUGUUACUGCGAUGUCACCUGUCAUGACUUUGGUGACUGCUGCGAAGACAUUGAGGCCAUUGGUUGUCUUGCACCUGGUACCACCACGACAGCCUCUCCAACCACCACAGCUGUCUCUCCAACCACCACUGCCUCUCCAACCACUCCAACCACCACCGACAAUCAACUAGGUUGCACCUGUGCUACCACAGCUGGCGUGACGUGUAGUGAUGCAAAUCUCUCUCCUGGUUGCUGUGUUUGCACUAAUAGUGACCAGGCAGAGUGCUACGUUCCUGGAGGGAGGUGUCAUUGUGAUGCACAGUGCUUCUUCUUUGGAGACUGCUGUUCUGAUGUGCCCUCUUCGCCCCAGUGUUCUAAAAAAGCUGUUGUUGAGCAAAGCCGUGUCCGAGGUCAGAGUGUCAGAACAUAUCCAUUUGGUCGAGCACAGCUGGCCAGAGGAGGACGUCGGACCCAAGCCACAAUGGAGGACCUAGCAGCUAGGAAUCUGGCCAGUGUGUUGAUGUCCAUGUCUCAGGAAGCAGUUGAAAGCAAACAUCGCUGGGAGGUGAUGGCUGAUGAGCUUGAACACAUUCAGAAGAAGUUAAACUGAAGUAAACUAUAAAGUAGCUAGUGCAAAACAUGGCGAACAAUAACUGCAUGUAAUGUGUGUAGACAAACGCAUUUAGUACUGUGUUGUUUUUGGAAGUUUUUCCAAAUAUGAUGAAUGAUUACUAUAAUGAUUAGUUUCACUGUG